UUAUCUUUUCUUUCCCUCUUAUUAUUUUUUAAAUAAAUACCCUAUGUAACACAAAACAUGCUGAAAUUUUUGUGCAAUAUACGUUAUAUUGCAUUGUGAUGUAUUUUAUACCUGAUACAAUUAAUUAUACAUUUACGGUAAAUAUAAUAUAAAUAAGUAUAAAUAGAAACCUGUAUUUAUUAACUCAUCAAUUCAUUUCUUUUACGCGUAUUUUCUUCUCAUUAGUGAAAAUUCAUAAUAAUUUCAUUAGCAUGAAUAAAUAUUAUUAAACGUACGACGUGCUGAAGAAGAGCUUAUUGUUCCGCAUUCCUCUUGCCAUGCAACUGCCGGUCAUAAUAGCCAGUCGUAUGCGAGCAGAUUAUUAGAGUUUGGGUGUAUAGUUAGCGCUUGGAAGCCUCAUAUACUAGAAUUCUAUUAUUACACCGGAUCACCGGCUUAAACUCAGUUGGUCUUGGCUCUCUGAAUCGUGAGAACAGUUUCGGUUUUCGUACACUUGAGAGCUGCCGGGCUGCCGCCGCGUUUGAUAGUGGCCUGUUCAUCAUUCUGCUGAGAGCACAAUUGUUCAAUCAUUUCCUCGACCGAUCGACGCGGCGAUCGUUUUUUUUUCGUGAGCUCGCUCGUUUGUCAUCGUUGCUCUUUAUAUCGCAUUGCAUAAUUAUUGUUUAGUGUAAACAGAAAAUAAAGUGUAAAAGAAAAUGCCAUAUUAUAAUGAUGUUCCGUACUAUUACGGGGGAGGGGCUUACGCUACUCACAGCUCGCUAAUGACGGGCGCACCACGAACACCCUUUCAUACUCCGCUGUCGCGUUUUUCACCGCAUCUGUCGACGAUUUCGGAAUCUCCGCUUAGUCAUUUGCAUCGUUUUUCGCCAAUCUCUGUGAGAUCGCCGAGACGAGUGAUCGACACGGCAGACAUCGAUGUCUCGUCGCCGAGAAUACUUUCACACAAUGGAAAUCCUCCGAGAAAUCGACUGCGUCGCGAUCGGCCAACUAUCAAGAUCAGAUCGCAGGCUCUAAAAGACAAUCCAGCAUUACGCGAGCAUUACGAGAAGCAUGAGAAAUCGGUGGGCGAACUUUUAAUGGAAAAGUUCCUUAUCAAGGACAAGAAAUCGGAAGGUGAUGGGAGUCAACAGGAAAUACGUCUGUAUCAUCAGAUUAAUUUAGAUCGUCUAGAAAAUUCUCAGGAGCGAGAAGCUAUGCAGAAGCGAAUCACUCGCAGAUUCACGCGACGAAGGUCAUCCGCUGAUUUGCAGCUCGAUCCUGAGCAAUUGCAACGGGAAGCUGCAUACGCGCAGGUGCAGGCUAAGGUUUUGGAUAGUCUUGUGGCCGAAGAGCAAGCUCAGAUUGAAAACGAAGCACGACGAGGCACUCCAGUGUUUCGAAAGGGAACGAGAGGACCGAACGCAGAGCACCCUUAUUUUAUUAGUAACAUUGAUUCCGAUACGAUGACUCAGGAGGAAGAGGAAGCAGCUACGAUGAAAAUGAGAAAAACUAUGAAAAAAGCGAAAAAGAAAAAAAGACAAUCUGUUGACAAAUCAUCAUGGACUGAUAAAAUCGAUAGUAAUCGUUCGAGCACUUCCAGUGAGAUUUCUGCUGAUUCGCAGAUAGAUAAUAAUCAGUCAAGAUCUCAGAUGUACAAGAUAGAGGCCUGUAACAGCGCUGGCGAUUUCUCUACUAUCUGGGUGAAUAAAAGUGCCGAAAACGAGACUCACAAACAAUCGACAAUUGAACAGUUCGAAGAAAAAGCGAAAACCUCUAGAAGAUUUGGAAAUGGCACGGAUGUUUCUUCAAACGAUACGGAUGAGGCGGAAACACACAUCGUGUUGCCAGUGCGAAAACCUUACAUAAAAGAUUCGUCGAGGAAUAGUGUGUAUUUAACGAUGAAGAAACCUAUGGAAACGCUUAACAAGAAACUUGUAGAGGUCGAAAAGGUUGAUGUGAAGGUCGGUGAAGACCAAUCGAGCCUAAUAAACGACUUCACCGAAAAUAAUGUUCUUAGAAACAACGUAUUAAAAAGUUUAACAAGUGUAGAUUCGGAAUCGAGUUACAAGUUUCCAAUAGCGGAUGACUUAAAAAAUCUUAAAGCGCCAAAUAAGACAGAGUGUAAAUCUAAAGAUAUGGCGUCUUCAACAAGAAAGAAUAUUUAUUCUUCGUUGAAUGAUAAUUCGUCAGAUAAACAAGAUUGUCGGAUAAACGACACUGUCUCAGCAGCAAAAAACGAUAUGUCAAAAAUCGUUACUGAAGAUUCAUCGUUUUCGAAGAUGGCCGAGACAGUUGUAAGUUCCAUACAGUCAAACGUUUCAGAUUUUGUUUCGACAAACAAUAUAUCAGAAAACGAACCGCAAACGGAUUGUUUUCAAGAAUUUAAAGAGACUUUUGUCGCGGAUGUAAAAAAAGAUGAGAGUCAAAAGGAUCAUAGUGCCGAUAGUACCGAGAAAAUACUUAACUAUCUAGAAGCCGAUUCUACUGUCCAAGCGCCGCAAGUUCUCACCAUCAAAAAUUCUGUCACUUUCGUUAAAAGGGAUAAAUUCAUGACGAAAGAGGACAGAUCAAACAUCUCGCACAACGACAAUACAACAACACAAAACAUUAUCGAGACCGAAGUCAGCGACAAUGUUGAAAACAGCGCCAGCAGUGUUACGCUCACGACAAAUAGUGCGACUUGUCGUCUGCCAAAACUGUCUAAAAUUAAUACGGAUAGAAAUAAUGCCGUAGAAGUGCCAAAUCUUUCGUUACGAGAGAUCGCAGAGUAUCUGGCGGACUCGCCGAAAAGUAAUCAGGACGUCGUCAGAGUUGCUGUUGUCACGUUGCCGGAAAAGAAGGUGAACAAAACGUCAAACUUGGCGCAAGUAACCAGUAGCGUAGACGUAGAUAAAUUGAAUUUCAGAACCGAUGCGACUCGACACGAUAACGCGAUCAAGUUGGAGGCUAAAGAAACGACCUUGUCCAAGGAAACAAACGACAAAGUGCGUAGUAAUGAAUAUUUUGAGAAAGGGAAACUAGUGAUGUGUGUUAAGCCGGCAGAAGGCAUUGGGCAGAAAACAAGGAACAAUGCAAAAAGGACUGACAAAAAUGCAUUAUUCUUAACAAUGACUGAUUCAUUAAAACCCGAUGUAAAAGUAAAUCUCAGUGAAACAAAAACUGACGACACAUCAAAAGAAAUAAAAAUAUUAAAAAUUAAUACGACCAAAAAAAUUUAUCCUAUUGAUGUAGAAAAGGAAAAAGAUUUUUCAAAAGAUUUAUCCAGUUCCAAGAAUAAAGGACCGAAACUCAAUACUAAAGUUCCGACCCUCUUAAAAAACGACGUGAACGAAAGCGAUAUUGCGAAUUCGUCAAAGAUUGAAAAAGAUGCAAGUGUAUUUAAAAUAAUGAAAAUCGGAGAUAAUAAAUCGGUUUUUCGUAACAAUGCUGAUGAUGAGAAAAGAGUUUUGAAGAAAAGUAUUUCCAUUGAUUCUUCGAAAGUAAUGAAUGAUCAUUUAGCGAAUAAUGUUUCCGAGAUUUUUCAACAGUCCAUAUCUAUUGACGAAAAAAUCACAGACAAGAGUAUGUUCGUUAAAAAGACAUCAAAGUCGAGAAAUUCUAUGAAUAAAAUAACAGACAAAAAGCCAAGAAACGAUCUUUUACCUCAAUCUUCCACUUCAAUUUCGAGUGAUGUUAAUGAAAAUGUAGUGUUAUCGAGGAGUACCUCUACAGAAUCUAUUGAUUUUUGGAGUGAGAUCAAAGCGCCGGGUAGUCCCGAAACGACAAGAUCAAAACAACCGUAUGGAUUUCUAAUUCGUGAGGCAACAGUCACGUCGCCUCUUAAGAUCGAAGAAGAAACAAAUUUGACGAAUUCAAAAUGGAAAGACAGUGUAAAGAAAAAUGAGAGCGACGGUAAAGCGAACACUGCGGCGGUCGAAAAUUCGACAGUCGGAUUUAGCAAUGUAAUCUUUGAAGAGGAAAAAAAGAAAGAGAGGAUUGUUUCGAAAUCUGUAAAAGCAAAAGAAACGGAACUCGUGAAAACAUCGGAAAUCGAGAAAAAGUUCCCACUAAAAAAGAAAAAAAAUCUUUCAAUAACAAUCGAUACCAAGGACACGAGUUCGAUCGUGAAAAAAAUUUCGUUGAAACGCAACGAGUCUGAUACAGCAAUUUCUGUAACUCCAGUUGAUGUUGCCAUACCGGUAAUAAAUAUAUUUGAAGCAUCCAAAUUAUCCGAAGAGUCCGACAAUCUGAAGGUCGAUGAAGAGUAUGAGAAUCCCAGAACUCCGACAAAUGAACUGUCACCUGGUCCCUCUUUGAUUAGGAAAAUGUCAAGAUGGAGCAAUCAAAACGAUCUGACAAACACCGAUGAUGUGGAAACUCCGAUCGUGUCGGAGAAGACCAGCCUGGACGCCAGCCCUAAUCUCACUCCUCCUCAAUCUUCUAACACAAAACGUGCAAUUAAGAAGAAGAAAUCGGCUAAAAAAACACCGUCAGAAAAGAUCGAUAGAGCCUUAAAGGAAACUCGCAGCAAUGAAUCAAUAACAACGACAAAUCAACAGAAUACGCUCACCGUUAAAUGCAUGCCCGAAAAAGAGCAUCUAAUAAAAAUCUCGCCAAAAACGUCUCCUAAGUCUAGUCCAAAAAGAAACGCACCCCUACAACGGCCGCUCGAUUUGAUAAGAAUGUUCUACACAACACCGUCUGCAUUGCUCACGGCUACGCCGCGAGAUCUCUCUAAAGUCAGACGGGCAAAGAUCAAAAGGAGACGGCAUCAUUCGCGUACACCAUCUAUCAGUAGCGAUAGUACCGGAAGUACGACAAGCACCGCCACAGGGAGCACGGACGAGAAUGGAUCGAUUCGCGUUGAAUUGGAUGACAAUUCUGAGCACAAAAGAACGCAUUCGACGAGGAGCAAUGAUUCUGGAUUCGACGGUUCACCGAGAAUUUCGAAUUGUGACAUGGCUUGCCACAAAAAAUGCGAAAAACUCACAGGAAAUCUAUGUGGAUUGAAUCAAAAACUAGUUGCCGAAGCAUUACAAGCUUUGAAGAAAACACCUUCACAAUCGUCGGACAAUCAACGGAACUCAGAUUCUUCAGAUCAUUUUCCGAGCGGUCGAAUAACGCCUCCGGCGACAAAUUUGCCUAGAUUCAAGAAAUAUACCGUAAUGGAUUUUAAUUUUCUUAAAGUUUUAGGUAAGGGCAGCUUCGGUAAGGUGUUAUUGGCUGAAUUACGCGACACAGAAUGCGUGUACGCAGUGAAAUGCCUAAAGAAAGAUGUCGUCCUCGAGGAUGACGAUGUUGAGUGCACACUAAUCGAGAGAAAGGUCCUCACGCUGGCCACUAGACAUCCAUAUCUUUGCCACCUGUUUUGCACUUUCCAGACUGACUCGCAUCUCUUCUUCGUUAUGGAAUAUCUCAACGGAGGUGAUCUGAUGUUCCAUAUACAGAAGUCUGGCCGAUUUCCCGAAACGCGCGCGCGAUUUUAUGCCGCUGAAAUUUGGUCUGGAAUGAACUUUUUACACAAGAAAGGCAUCGUUUAUCGGGAUCUCAAGCUUGACAAUGUGUUACUUGACUUCGAAGGUCAUAUUAGAAUCGCAGAUUUCGGUAUGUGUAAACUUCAAAUCUUCCUGGAUAGAACAGCCGAUACAUUCUGCGGUACACCAGAUUAUAUGGCGCCAGAGAUAAUAAAAGGAUUGAAGUAUAAUCAAGCGGUGGACUGGUGGUCGUUUGGAGUUCUGAUGUACGAGAUGCUAACCGGUCAAUCGCCAUUCUCCGGAUGCGACGAAGACGAAUUGUUUUGGAGUAUUUGCAACGAACGGCCGUUUAUACCGCGGUAUCUGAGUCAAGAAGCUACCGAUAUACUUGUCUGUUUGCUAGAGAAAGACGCCGGAAAAAGGAUACCAGCCCACGAAAUCGCUGUGCAUGCUUUUUUUCAGCAUUUGCCCUGGGAUCGAUUAGAGAGGAGGCAGUUGGAACCGCCAUUUAAGCCCGCGCUCGAACACACUCUGGAUACGAAGUACUUCGAUACGGCAUUCACGACCGAACGUCCGAGGCUCACGCCAGUGCCUGAACAGAUCUUAACCUCGAUGGAUCAAGGUGUUUUCCGUGGAUUCUCUUACACAAAUCCGAAUGCAACAGAUUGAUGACAACUGAAGGGGAUAUGUGUGUUAACGGAACGUUUUGUCAUCUCUAUUUUUUUGUACAAUAA